AGCAACAGUCAAAAGCUCAAAAGCUGAUGCGAAAUUAACAAGACACUAUUGUGAUUGUGAUUGUGAUGCGAUCGAAUCGGAGCAUGGAGGGAGGGAAGAGAAAAGGGUACGCGUGGGCACUAUCUGCUGGAUUCAACGCCGCUCUUGCAGCCAUUUCCGUUAAGCUCCCUCUUCACCAGUUUGUUAGGUAUGGGAUGGUGUUAUUGUUCAAUGUGACCAUGUGGGCUUGUUAUGUGAACAGCCUCAAAGCGCUCUCCUCUCUUCAGGCAACUGUCACCAAUUUCGCCACCAAUUUCAUCUCUUCCGGUUUAGCCGGUUUCUUCUUCUUUCACGAAUCACUCUCUUUCCAGUGGUUUGCAGGUGCCAUACUUAUAAUAAUUGGUGUAGUAAUACUUAGCAACUCAAGUAUUGAGAAGAAGGUUAGCACUGAUUAGGUGUUACAGUUCAACACGAUACCUUUAAGGCUUGCUUGUUCAAGAAGGAGGCAAGCAUCUGCAGCUGCAUGGAAGCAUAUUUUGGACAAGAACUUGGAAAUACCAGGAAUAGUAAAGUUAGAUAGUUUCCAGGGCAGUUCAACUGACAUGAAAACAAACACAACAAAAAUCACUUCUUGCCUUCCCCGAUUUAAUAACUCUUGUUAUGUAUUUGUCAUUCUGGUUGAGGAAUUGUUAUUAGCCACAAGCAACUUUUGGUUCCAUCAUUCCAUGGCUCCUGUUUUAAAUUUCUGUUUGUAUUAUGAUCUCAAGGUUCAAUCUGCUAUAUUUAUGAAUGUUGUUCAAAAUUGAUUUGCAACUACAAGUUUUCUUGCUGA